GAGAGAGCAGUUGGUGGGCCGGAAAUACGCAGGUCGGCGCGGGCUCCUGGUUGCAGCGGGACGGCCGCGCCGCAGCAUGACCCAGUCGGUGGUCAUACAGGUCGGCCAGUGCGGAAACCAGAUUGGCUGCUGCUUCUGGGACCUGGCGCUGAGGGAGCACGCCGCGGUCAACCAGAAAGCAAUUUAUGAUGAGGCAAUAAGCAGCUUCUUUAGAAAUGUGGAUACCAGAGUGGUUGGUGAUGGUGGCAGUAUUUCCAAAGGGAAAAUUUGUUCUUUAAAAGCACGAGCUGUCUUGAUUGACAUGGAGGAAGGCGUAGUAAAUGAAAUUCUUCAGGGACCAUUGAGAGAUGUAUUUGAUAGUAAGCAGCUCAUCACUGAUAUUUCUGGCUCAGGGAAUAAUUGGGCUGUGGGUCACAAAGUGUUUGGCAGUCUUUAUCAGGAACAGAUUUUAGAGAAACUCAGAAAGUCAGCAGAGCACUGUGAUUGUUUGCAGUGUUUUUUUGUAAUACAUUCCAUGGGAGGAGGAACAGGAUCUGGACUUGGCACAUUUCUUUUAAAGGUGCUUGAGGAUGAAUUCCCAGAAGUAUAUAGAUUCGUGACUUCAGUUUAUCCUUCUGGUGAAGAUGAUGUCAUAACCUCGCCUUAUAAUAGCAUCUUGGCAAUGAAGGAACUUAAUGAGCAUGCAGACUGUGUGUUGCCCAUUGACAACCAAUCUUUAUUUGACAUCAUUAGCAAAAUUGACCUCAUGGUGAAUUCUGGAAAGUUGGGUACAGCUAUAAAGCCAAAGAGUCUGGUUACUUCAAGUGCUGGAGCUUUUAAAAAGCGGCAGGAGAAACCAUUUGAUGCAAUGAACAACAUUGUGGCAAAUUUGCUGCUCAGCCUAACAAGCUCUGCAAGGUUUGAAGGAUCCCUUAAUAUGGACCUUAAUGAAAUCAGCAUGAAUUUAGUUCCUUUUCCUCAACUGCAUUAUCUUGUGUCAAGCCUAACACCUCUGUACACACUGGCAGAUGUUAACAUUCCUUCUCGAAGGUUGGAUCAGAUGUUUUCAGAUGCCUUCAGUAAAGAUCACCAGCUAAUUCGAGCUGACCCCAAACAUAGUCUCUACCUCGCCUGUGCCCUCAUGGUUAGAGGAAAUGUACAGAUUUCUGAUCUUCGCAGAAAUAUUGAAAGAUUAAAACCUUCUCUACGGUUUGUCUCCUGGAAUCAAGAAGGCUGGAAGACCAGCCUGUGUUCAGUACCUCCUGUGGGCCAUUCCCAUUCAUUAUUAGCUUUAGCAAACAACACAUGCGUGAAGCCUACCUUCAUAGAACUGAGAGAGAGAUUCACAAGGCUCUACAAAAAAAGGGCUCAUCUUCAUCACUAUCUCCAAAUUGAAGGGAUGGAGGAAAGCUGUUUCACAGAAGCCAUGUCAUCUUUAUCAGCACUCAUACAGGAAUAUAACCAACUGGAUGCCACAAAAAGCAUGCCUGCAGAAGAUUUACCUAGACUACGCGUAGCUGUGUGAAAAAGAAACCCCAAAGAUACAAUUUCUUUUUCUUAAUUUCACAUUUUUUGUCCCCUUACCUUUCUAUUUUAGAAUUUUUGUAAUUCAGAAAGCCUGAUGUGUGUUUUUCAUAUUGGGAAGGUUUUUGUCUUUAGAGUAGUUUCCAUUUAAUCACAAUUUGUUGAUGAUCCCACUGUGUGAAAUUAGCCAAGUCCUAGUGCCUUGACUUUAAACAUCUGUCUUCCAAAAGUCAUAUUUUCUAAAAUUGAGAGAACAGAGUUCUUCAACAUUUUAUUUUAUUUAUAGUCUCAUAUUUAGGCAUUUAUACAGAGAUAAUCAUGUCUUCAAUAAGUCUUGUACAGAUAUAUUUUUUAUAUUUAUUGAUAAUUUAUGUCUUCACAUUCUGUUUAAAUUCUCCUAACUCUUUAAAAGUAAAUAUGGGAGUAGAAGAACACAGUAUAAAUAUUUCUAUGUAACACCCACUAACUUCAGGAAUAGAUUUUAUUACAACUUGAGGUUUUAUUUCUUCUUUGGGUAACCACUUGUUUGCACUCAAAAGAAUCACAAUUUACAAUUAUUUUAACUUGUAUUAA